AUGGCGCCUCAACUCGACAGCUUCUUCAAGCAGGUUGACAGCAACACAGAUGUCUUCAUCGAGCGUCUGCGCAAGGCUGUCGCCAUCCCCUCCAUCUCGGCCGAGGAUGCUCGCCGCCCUGAUGUUGUUCGCAUGGGCCACUUCCUGGCCGACGAGCUGAAGGCUCUGGGUGCCGAGGUUGAGCUGCGUCCUCUUGGCAAGCAGCCUCACAAGGAGCAUCUCGAUCUGCCCCCCGUUGUCCUCGGACGAUAUGGAAACGAUAAGAACAAGCGAACAAUCCUGGUCUACGGCCACUACGAUGUCCAGCCUGCGGAGAAGAGCGACGGAUGGGCAACCGAGCCUUUUGAGCUCACGGUCGACGACAAGGGCCGCAUGUUCGGUCGUGGCUCAACCGACGACAAGGGACCUGUCCUGGGCUGGCUCAACGCCAUUGAGGCCCACCAGAAGGCUGGCGUCGAUUUCCCCGUCAACCUGUUGAUGUGCUUUGAGGGUAUGGAGGAGUAUGGAUCCGAGGGUCUUGAUGACCUGAUCAAGGAGGAGGCUAAGAAGUUCUUCGCCGAUGCCGAUGCCGUCUGCAUUUCGGACAACUACUGGCUCGGAACUGAGAAGCCCUGCUUGACCUAUGGUCUCCGAGGCUGCAACUACUACUCCAUCGAGGUUUCUGGCCCCGGUGCCGACUUGCACAGCGGUGUUUUUGGUGGACAGGCCCACGAACCCAUGACCGAUCUUGUUAGCGUCAUGGGCUCCCUUGUUGACUCCAAGGGCAACAUCCUGAUCCCUGGCAUCUCGGAGCAGGUUGCCCCCGUCACUGCUGAUGAGGAGAAGCUCUACGAAAGCAUUGCUUUCACCAUGGAGAACCUGCACGAGUCUCUGGGCAGCACCACCACCAUCCACGAGGAGACCAAGCCCACUCUGAUGGCUCGCUGGAGAUACCCCUCGCUCUCUCUCCACGGUAUCGAGGGUGCUUUCUCUGCCCCUGGCGCCAAGACUGUCAUUCCUGCCAAGGUCGUUGGCAAGUUCUCCAUCCGAACUGUCCCCGACAUGGACAUUGAGACGACCAACAAGGUUGUCUACAAGUAUGUCGAGGAGCAGUUUGCCAAGCUUGGCAGCAAGAACAGCAUGAAGGUUUAUGCCCAGCACACCGGAAAGUGGUGGGUUGCCUCACCAAAGCACUGGAACUUUUCCGCCGCUGCCAAGGCGGUCGAGCGUGUCUGGGGCGUCGAGCCCGACUUCACUCGUGAGGGUGGAAGUAUCCCCGUCACCCUGACCUUUGAGGAGGCCACUGGCAAGAACGUCCUGCUGCUGCCCAUGGGAAGCUCAACAGAUGGCGCUCACUCCAUCAACGAGAAGCUUGACAAGCGCAACUACAUUGAGGGCAUCAAGCUGCUGGGUGCUUACCUGCACUACGUCGCCGAGGAGCCCCAGAACUAA